UAGUGCGCCUUGACGCUGGUCACCGACCACCAGAAGAAGCAGAAACCGGACGCUGCUAGCAUAGCUUGCUUAUUGUUCUGGUGUGUGAGGAGAAUAUUUGAGGCUCUACAGUAAAAAUGUCUUCACUCCUGUCUCUGGGAGAGUUGAUCAGCUAAAGCGACUAACUGCUGCAGAAAUCUUCUCACCAGGCUGUGGAAACUUUCUUCUCCUCCUCAACAACUUGGUGGAGUUCUUUCCAGAACCAGAGAAGAUAUUCUGCGGUCUUCGUGACAAUCGGAGCUCCAGAAUCAGGUUGUGGCUGUUAGCUAAACACGGCUAAAGAAAACCUGCUACCACUUCAGGAUCAUCCAUCAGCUGGGACUGAUUCAUCGUGUGUUCUUCACCACCUGGACCUGGUCUGCACAGAUAUGUAAAUAAGUAAAUGAGUUGGAGAAGUGGUUUUUCUGUUAGACAGAUGUGUUAUUCACACAGGUGUGAAACAUUUGUAAAAGCCAGAUCUGGUGCAGGAAAAUAGCUGAACAGGGAGUGGAGACAAAUGCCUGGCUAUUUAUGCGGUUGUAAGUGAUAAUAAUAAUAACAAAAAUACAUCAAACUUGUAAAGCACUUUUAGGUCACUCAAAGAGGCUUCACAAAAAAUGCAAUAAACACAUAAUAAAACAACAUGAAACAUAGUAAACAGACUGGGGGAUGCUGGGUUGAUCUUAAGAGAAGGCCAUAUGUCUGUGAAGGUUCUCAGUCAUCCAGGUCAUUGUAGUCUAAGGAGCUUUGAAAGAAAAGCGUCUGGACUUCUUUGAGUUGCUUGAAAACGUUUCUCCUCUCAUCCGAGAGGCUUCUUCCGUUCUAAGGUCAAAUGGUGGAGAGUCCCAGAUUCAAACCCAGUGGGAGUGUCCUCCCCAAAGAGGGAACAAAAGACCUUCUGAUGAUCUUCUACAUAAACACAUGAGCCAAGGUGUGAGGGUGGGUGUGGGUCCUAUUCAGCCAGAAUUUCGGGUGAGCUCAUUGUGAAGCCUGGCCCCACCCCAUCAUGUGGCAUUCAUUUAAUUUUGUUUUAUUUGGUAUUUUUUCAGUCAUUUUUGGAAAUAGUGAUCAAUUUUGAUUAAUUCACAGCCUAUGUUUAAUUACAUUUAAAAAUUAGUUGUUUGACAUCCCCAGUUAUAAUAAAUGUCUACAGAUGAGAUCAAACAAAACAGAUGAGAAUUGCCCUUAAGCUGUUUAACUUGGACCAAGCAUUUUAGGUCACAGAUAGAUGCAGCUUAGGGUCUCUGUCUAUGCACCUUAUAAGACAAUUUAGGUGAUGGCAUGUUGUUUUUCUGCUAUUGAACUGUUUUCUAAUAAUGUUGUGUUAAAUAAAGUGAAGGAAGGAGAGAAAUAACGUUUCCCUAGCAGUUUUUAAAAAUUUCCCAAUGUAAUCCGAUUAAUCGAUUAAUCGUGUCGAGACCCCAUCCGUUUCAUCGAUUAUCCAAAUAAUUGUUUUGUUGCAGCCCUAUCUCACAGUACAGCCUGGAAGACCAGUUCGAAGGGCAUUGCAGUAAUCGAGGCGGGAGAUGACAGUAGAUUGCACCAGGAGCUGGAUGGCAUGUUGUGUUAGAUUUUCAACAGGUGGCUCUGGUUAAAUAAGAAGCUUCAGAAGAACAGAGUGCUCGUGUCAACCACCAGCACCAAGAUUUUCUCCACAAAAAGGAGGAACAGGAAAACCUCUGGUCUAGUAUGGAGGGAGAGCAUCUCCAUUUGAAUGAGACUGAUGCUGCCAGGUUUCAAUCCUUUAGCCAUAAAACACAUUUAAGCAAACACACAAGAGUCCACACAAAGCAGAAACAUUUUUCCUGUGAGCAAUGUGGAAAAAGAUUUAGCGGAAAGUCAACUCUAAACAGACACAUGGGAGUCCACACAGGACAGAAGCCUUUUCCGUGUGACCUCUGUGGAAAAAGAUUUAGCGAAAAGUCAACUUUAAACAGACACAUAGGAGUCCACACAGGACAGAAGCCUUUCGCCUGUGAGCUCUGUGGAAAGAGAUUUGGCCUAAAGGCCCAUUUAAAAAGUCACAUGAGUGUCCACACAGGACAGAAGCCUUUUCCAUGUGACCUCUGUGGAAAAAGAUUUAGCCUAAAGUCAACUUUAAAUAGUCACAUGAGUAUCCACACAGGACAGAAGCCUUUUGCUUGUGAGCUCUGUGAAAAGAGAUUUAGCCAAAAGUCAACUUUAAAUAGUCACAUGAGUAUCCACACAGGACAGAAGCCUUUUGCUUGUGAGCUCUGUGAAAAGAGAUUUAGCCGAAAGACCCAUUUAAACAGUCACAUGAGAGUCCACACAGGGCAGAAGUCUUUUGCUUGUGAGCUCUGUGAAAAGAGAUUUAGCCAAAAGACCCAUUUAAAUAGUCACAUGAGUGUCCACACAGGACAGAAGUCUUAUUCUUGUGAUCUCUGUGGAAAAAUAUUUAGCGGAAAGUCAACUCUAAACAUUCACAUGAGUUUCCACACAGGACACAAGCCUUUAACGUGUGACCUCUGUGGAAAAAUAUUUAGCCAAAAGUCAACUUUAAACAGACACAUGGGAGUCCACACAGGACAGAAGCCUUUUGCCUGUGAGCUCUGUGGAAAGAGUUUUAGCCUGAAGGCCCCUUUAAAUAGUCACAUGAGUGUCCACACAAGACAGAAGCCUUUUGCUUGUGAGCUCUGUGAAAAGAGAUUUAGCCGAAUGUCAAAUUUAAAUAGUCACAUGAGUGUCCACACAGGACAGAAGCCUUGUGCUUGUGAGCUCUGUGGAAAGAGAUUUAGCCAAAAGUCAACUUUAAAUAGUCACAUGAGUGUCCACACAGGACAGAAGCCUUUUGCUUGUGUGCUCUGUGAAAAGAGUUUUAGCCGAAUGUCAACUUUAAACAGACACAUGAGAGUCCACACAGGACAGAAGCCUUUUGCUUGUGAGCUCUGUGAAAAGAGAUUUAGCCGAAUGUCAACUUUAAAAAGUCACAUGAGAUUCCACACAGGACAGAAGCCUUUUGCUUGAAAGCUCUGUGAAAAGAGAUUUAGCCGAAUGCCAACUUUAAAUAAUCACAUGAGUGUCCACACAGAAGCCUUUCACCUGUGAGUUUUGUGGAAAAAGAUUUAGCAAGAAGAUAUAUUUAAACCUUCUCAUGCGAGUUCACAAAGGACAUAAGCCUUUCACCUGUGAUCUCUUUGUAAAAAGAUUUAGGCAAAAGACAAAUUUAAACGGUCACAUAAGAGUUCACAAAGGACAUAAGCCUUUUGCUUGUGAGCUCUGUAGACGAAGAUUUAGCCAAUAGAAAACUUUAAACGAUCAUCUAAGCAUCCACUAGGGCUGAACGAUCUGUUGCAGGUUUUUUUUUAAUGUUGGUAUACUUUUGAGCACACAGGAACAGCUAACCUGUAAAGCUGAUGAUAUUUUAAUUAAAAAACAAGCUAAGUGUGAUGAAAACAAAAAAUUGUAACUAGUUUGAAUUGAAGUAAAAAAAUGUAAAGUCAGAAAUAAGAUUUGUUCCUGCUCUCCUGAGUUACUGAAUAAUUUUUAUGGGGUAUUUUUGGUCAUGAAAGUUGUCCUGUUAUUUUAUAAAAUGUGACGUAAAAAAAAUGUUUUUGCUCAAUUACUGGAAUUUCUUUGGUUACGACAAAAAAGGAAGGAAGAAUCAUUUAUGCCAAGUUGUUUCUACAACAGGCCUGUUUUAAGUCCAACAGUUUCUUAGCAGCCAAUAGAAAUGUGUUCUUUACUAACUUUACUUGGUUUAAAAAUCUUACUAAAAUAAACAGAGUGCUGUAUUGCAAAACCCAAUCAUACUUGUUAU